GGCCACGAUGAUGAGCACCCUCAUGCUGUCUGGGCGAAUAGCAAACCUAUACUACCAAUGCACGUAAGCAACUCGAGGCGCAUCAUCGCGGACAGGGUUGCUUCGGAUGACGGCGGUGAGUGAGAUUUCAGAUCUACGAUAUCCCUCCUCUGAUGCUCGGUCUCCAGACGUGAAAGGAGGCGAUGAUGAAGGGAGAGUCGGUGGCGAGUAUGAUCAAGACGGCGACGAAGACCACAACGAACGUGACACAGAGAGUGAUUCUGAAGAAUACCAACAGGCCAUGUCUAUCGCGCACGAAGCCCCCGCGGACCAGCUCCUACACCAAGGGGCACUUGAUGUCCAUGCUAUGCCUGUCCACCCUGUCGACGAGAUAUCUGAGGUGGAUGAUCCGGACGAUGAGCACCCACUGGACGAACUUGAUCUCAUGAAGGCUCGCGGUGAGGUCAGAACAUCAGCCGAAGACAGUCUUUCUCCCAUCGUAUCGGUGGACAAGGACGGCGCAAUCACACCCAUUGCCACUUCAGAGCUAUUCACAUCGGAUCGAGCGGCCGUCCCGACACCUCUCGCGCAGAGCACCGUUGUGGACGAUCCACUGGAGACCGAGUACCCGGUAGCUCCUACGCCGCUCGAACAGGUAGACGAAAUCACUGAAGACAUCGACUCGUCUGUUCCUGCAACUGCCAGCUCGGCGCUGGACGAUGCACUGGCGGCCAAAGAGGUGGCUCAGCAGGAGCUAGACGAUGCCAAUGAUGCGCUCGCAGAGGCCGAGGCAGAAGUCGCGCAGCAGAAAGAGAAUCUGGGAGUGAAAGCAGUCGAUGAUGAGGGUGUCGAUGUUGGUGAUGAGAGAGAAAUCUUAGAACCGGUGGAGAGGGCAGAUAUUGAUGAUGAUGACGACGACGACGACGACGAGGAGGACGGCUUCGAAGACGAGGGUAUCGACGUCUCUGAUCCGAUGGUGAUUCCGAAGGAUACCAGUGUCAAUGUCUUGGAUUCGCAGCCGGUGGCACUCGCCCCUGAUGAGUCAGUGCCAUACGAGUCUGCCAAUGGCAGUCCGUUGGCGACGGAGUACCAGGAGGACGAGUAUGACACUGACGAGGAUGAUGUUGAUGAUGAGGACGAUGGCAUAGAUGGGAUAACAAAUAAUCUCGUCAAGAAAUCAGACGAACCCACACCGCUUCCUUCUGCCAGCACAACGCUUGACGGUGACAGUCCAGCCGGAAGUGCAUUGGAAGAUCAUAGAGACCUUGAUGAUCCUUCUCUGGUCACUGCAGAAGAAGACGACUUGGAGGAGGAUGUUGACCCGAAUGCCUUUAGACCUGUCCUUGACGAUGCGUCGUCUGGAACCAAACGGGCAUACGAGGAGGCAAUGGUGGACAGGUUCAACAAGAAGUUCAGAGGGUCUGAUGAUUCCAGUGUGUGAGCGGUGGUUCGUGUGUCUCGACAGAUUCCGAGAAUGAUCCACCUAUCUGUCCAACUCCGUCCUCAACUUAUCUUCCUUGGCGCUCUUUAUUGCCUGUCGCAUGCCAGCACUCUUUUCCACGACAACGAUUGCUCUUCCGCCCCUUUGCACGACCUGACGAUACUC